ACCUUCCUUCACUUCAAAGUUGAGAGAGAGAGAGAGAGAGAGAUGGCUACUGAUGUGAGUGUGGUGCAGCAUGCUACAGUAGAAGAAGAAGGGAAGAGGCAGAGCAAUGGGGUUGACGCAUCAUCAUGCUGCAAGACUGGUCCGGGCUAUGCUACUCCACUCCAGGCCAUGUCUGGUCCCAGAGAGCAAAUCCUCUAUGUCACUUCUGUUUACUCCGGAACCGGGAUUCAGAAGCCUGAUUACCUAGCCACAGUGGACGUGGACCCAAAUUCUCCCACCUAUUCCAGAGUUAUACACAGGCUGCCUGUGCCGUAUUUAGGGGAUGAACUGCAUCACUCCGGGUGGAACUCGUGCAGCUCUUGCCAUGGAGAUCCAUCUGCGCAGCGGCGCUAUCUUGUCCUUCCUGCCUUGAUAUCGGGUCGCAUAUAUGUGAUCGACACAAAAACAGAUCCAAAGGCUCCAUCUCUGCAUAAAGUUGUUGACCCUGAAGACAUCGUACAGAAGACUGGAUUGGCAUACCCACACACAUCCCACUGCCUUGCAUCUGGUGAUUUGUUGGUUUCAUGCCUGGGGGAUAAAGAUGGAAAUGCUGCAGGAAAUGGAUUUCUUCUCCUUGACUCGGAGUUCAAUGUAAAGGGAAGGUGGGAGAAACCUGGACACAGUCCACUUUUUGGUUAUGAUUUCUGGUACCAACCACGGCACAAAACAAUGAUAAGCUCAUCAUGGGGUGCCCCUGCUGCUUUCACCAAAGGUUUCAACCUUCAGCAUGUGUCUGAUGGUCUCUAUGGGAGGCAUCUUCAUGUCUACAGUUGGCCUGAGGGUGAAUUGAAACAAACUUUGGAUCUUGGCAAUACAGGUCUCUUACCCUUAGAGAUAAGGUUCCUGCACGAUCCUUCUAAGGACACCGGAUUUGUUGGAUGCGCCUUGACGAGUAACAUGGUCCGAUUCUUCAAGACAGAGGAUGGUUCAUGGAGCCAUGAGGUUGCAAUAUCAGUAGAACCAUUGAAAGUGCAGAACUGGAUUCUUCCAGAGAUGCCUGGGCUCAUAACUGAUUUUCUGAUCUCACUUGAUGAUCGUUUUCUAUACUUUGUCAACUGGCUGCAUGGAGAUGUAAGACAAUAUAAUAUUGAGGACCCUAAACAUCCUAAACUGGCUGGCCAAGUAUGGGUUGGGGGGCUUAUCCAAAAGGGAAGCCCAGUUGUGGCCGAGGCUGAGGAUGGAACAACAAAGCAGUUUGAAGUUCCGGAGAUACAGGGGAAGAAAUUGAGGGGCGGACCACAAAUGAUCCAGUUAAGUUUAGAUGGGAAGCGGCUCUAUGUCACCAACUCGCUUUUCAGUACUUGGGAUCGCCAGUUCUACCCUGACCUUAUGGAAAAAGGAUCCCACAUGUUACAGCUUGAUGUUGAUACAGAGAAAGGUGGUCUUGCAGUAAACACAAAGUUCUUCGUCGACUUUGGAGCCGAACCUGAUGGUCCUUCUCUCGCCCAUGAAAUGAGAUACCCUGGUGGUGACUGCACGUCGGAUAUAUGGAUUUAAGUCGCUCCAUGGUUUUCUCUUCCGACUACUUAGCAUCUGUAGUUGAAAAUAAUGAGGCAUAACUUCCAUCGUCUUGUAUGAGUAAAUAAUCAUCCAUCCAUUACACAUAAUGACAGCAUGUAUGGGAUUCACCAUGUUACAGGCAUACAAUGUCUGAAUGUAUAAUUAAUAAUGGCCAUGCUAGCUAGGAGAGUUUCACGCGAA